CGAGGUACUUAACCUGUUCUGAGCCCCGCACCGCACCUGUGAAGCGUUGACGGGACCGCGUGGCGGGUGCCUGGUUCCCUUCUCUCUCAGGGGGCCCCCGCCAGCGGUCCCGUCCCCACGGACUUUUGAGCAUGUCCAUGUGACGCAGGAUGAACGAGCUCGCGCAGAACUUCAGGGUCCGGUUCACUCUAAAAACCUGGAUUAAGAAGCACAGCUCGUCUUAGUCCUCGGCAUGUUUUUUUCAUCUUGUACUUUUUCCUUUGUCUGCUUGCCUCUUGGUAAUUCUCAGCCCUGGUUUGGGGACAUCGAGGGUUUUCCAGCGACGUGGUGACAACGUUUUGCUUUCUUGUGAAUACAUGUUUAAUCGCAGGCAUUAUUUGUAGGUUUUUUAAGAGUAAAACAUUACUUUAAAAUAUUUUAAAAACCACUUCGCUUAUUAAAAAACUGCAUCUGUGGAGCACUUCACUCACAGCUCUACACAGCGCGGCAGGUUCCCCCCACCUCGGCGCUCUGCACCCUUCUGUUGGUGGGGACUGUGCUGGCGCUGGAGGAUGUCCAGCAGCGUCCCUCGCCUCUGCCCGCUACAUGCCAGCACCACCCUCUGUCAGCUGUGACGACAAAGCUGUCUUCAGACAUGGCCAAGUGGUCCUUGGGGGGCAAAAUCACCCCCAGUUGAGAACCACUGCCCUACAGCCCCCGACUCGGUGCCCCCAACCCCCUAGGCUCUCUGGAUGCCCCCUUCCUCCUCCCCGGGAGAUUUACGCCCGUGGGCAGCACGGCCUUGCCUGGCCUGCCGCAGCACACAGCCGAGAAGGAUUCAGUGUCCUUGUCGUGGAGUAUCUUGCGUCUCAAAGGAAGGAUGAUCUGUCAAAUUGUGGUCUUUUUCUUGGUGCAGAACUGGCGGGAGUAAUGUUAAUUAUUGAAGGGUUGGGAGUGGGAUUAAUAUCUUGCUGUUACUUCUUUGACCACAUUUCCUUUAGAGUUUGUAACAUUUUUCCCCCCUAAUAAGCAUUGUGGAACCACAGGUGGCUAUAUAUAUUGUGAGGUCUUUCAAACAGCUUUUAUGUUUAAAUGUUAUUGCUGCCUUAGCGGGUGGACAGAAACUGGUGUUGGUCCCCAGUAAAGGUGGAAACAGGGUGGACAAUGGAAAUUGCAGGAAGAGGUGAUAUAGUCACAUUCUCAGUGGACGCUGGAAUCCAUUCUGGGGAACGGAUUUAGUAAUAGCUGUAAGACACGCCCGUCGUCACGAGCCCCCUGUCCUCAGGUGGAAGCCAGCCCUUUCUCACUGACCACCUGUGAACAAGAGCAUGGCCUGCCGUCAUAGAGCCCUGGGCAGCAGGAGGUGUGGGUCACGGGGAAGGCUGGGGACACAAUGUGUAAAAGUACUGUGGUUUCUGGUACCGGCCAGGUCGGCCCCUCGUGAGUGUAUUAUUUCAGUCUAUGACAGUCGGCUCCUUUCUGGAUAAAUGCCAAAUGCAGAGCUUCAGGACUGGAAGGCUCAGGACAGAGGGGAUCGCUCCCAGGUUCUGGUGGUCUGGAAGGCCAUGUCGGAGUCACCAGCUCUCGGUGCAUGGCAGGAGCAGCUGCGUGAUGUCAGUUCUUGAAGCAGCCCCAUGGCGCCCGUCCUGCAGGGUCAUAACGGAAAGGCGAACAAAGUGUGAGCGUCUCUGAGGACAGUUUUGGAUCCUUGGGUGACGCCUGGAGGCCUCUCUCCCCCACUCAGGUUUUGAGUCCAUCAGCCCUCUCUUUCCUUGAACAGGAAGGAUAUUAACUUCUUCGCGGUACUCGUCAGCCUCUGAGUCCAUGCUCCCUUUUAACAAACAAAAAUCUCGUGCUGAAAUUUCAAAACUAUUCAUACCAAAGAAAAAAUUUAAUUAAAAUAUUUGUUUUUUCAAACUACAGAUGCCCUCCUUCCAGGCUUCCGACCCCCCAUGCAUACCCUUGGGAGGUCCUUGUCUGUUCCAGGGGCUCGAGGCCAGCCAGGGAGCUCUGUUCUUGCCACAGUGCUUGGUUGCAGUCAGAAGACUUAACAGAAUUCCCCUAACUGCGUUGAACUCUUCUUGUAGCUUCAUUCCUUACAAUGACCUUCAUAUCUGACCUUCUGAUGGGCUGGAGCAGUCGCUGGUAUAAUGGGGGGGGCUCAUCUUCUUUCUAAUAAUUUCAUGGAAUUGCUUUAGGAGCUCAGAAGCGUGCUACCUCCUGUUGAUAGUUCAUGCAUCCUUAUUUUUCAAAGACGUGUUCCUAGUCGCAGAAUGUAAAUUCUGCCGAGGCAGGAUUUUGGUCUAGUUAGUUCACCGCUGCAUCUCUGGUUUCUAGAAGUGUAUCUGGCACUCAAAGACAUUUGUGGCAUGAAGAACAAUACACAAACUCAUUCAAAGGCAAAGCAGCUAUUUAAGCCGCCCCAAAGUUGGGCACUGUGUUUAAUAAAGCCAAAAACCUGUUUAGUAGUUGCUAUCAAUGUACUUGAUGGGAAGCCCUGAUUCCUUUGGGUUUAUAAAUUAUUCAGUGGAAGUACGUUGGCUGAUGUUUUCGGGUUAUUUUAUGUAUGUAUUUCCCAUCAGUGUGUGGGUGUCGCCUGUUACACAGAGCCACGUGGUGUCAUUGGUCACACCUGUGCAGUGUCUGUGCCCUUGGAAGCCCAGCAAGGGUGGUGUUGGAAUGCUGCUUGCUGUACUUAUGAAAGGAGUGAAAUCACAUUCUUUAGGUAUGAGGUGGUUGUAGCAUUCUCACUACCCUGUUUAUAACAAGUGAAAUUUCAAAUCCGAAGUAGAACAAAUCGGUUGAAACAUUCUUGGAUUAAAGAAAGGCAGUGCUAAUGAGUUUUAUGACUAUGCAUUCCAAUCCCAUUAAUCCUGGUGGGGUCAGCCUGGUGUAAUGUACGGCAGGCCUUUCUUUAGCACUGAAGUUUGGCAUUAACUGCUUUGAUACCAUGACAGGGAAAUGAGCAGAGUGAGGCCCCCUCUCAGGCUGCCUCGUCCUGCCUGAGGAAGCAGGAGGGCAGCUCUGCUGACGGGGCCUGUGUCAGCCUGGCUGGGUCCACGCCGUACGGCAUCCCUAAAGCAGUGGUCCUCAAGCUGUUUGAUCUCAGGACCCUUUUCACUCUCAAAGAUUAUUGAGGGGCUUCCCUGGUGGCGCAGUGGUUGAGAGUCCGCCUGCCAGUGCAGGGGACGAGGGUUCGAGCCCUGGUCCGGCAAGAUCCCACAUGCCGCGGGACAACGAAGCCUGCGCCCUAGAGCCCGCGAGCCACAACUGCUGAGCCCACGUGCGACAAGUACUGAAGCCCGGGCACCUAGAGCCCCUGCUCCGCAGCAAGAGAAGCCACCGCAAUGAGAAGCCUGCGCACCACAACGAAGAGGAGCCCCCGCUUGCCGCAGCUAGAGAAAGCCCGCGCGCAGCAACGGAGACCCAACGCAGCCAAAAAUAAAAUAAAUAAAUAAGUGUAAAUAAGUAAGUAAAUAAAUAAAUAAAACUUUUUUAAAAAUCGUUGAGAACUUUCGCUUAUGUGGGUUGUAUCAUGUUACAAAGUAAAAUUCAGAACAACUUAAAAUAUUUAUGUAUUAGUCCUGCAAAAAGUAACAAUAACAAUAAACGAUUUUACGUUAACAAGUAACAUUUGUUAUGGAAAACAUUUUUAUGGAAAACUAGUUUCCAAAACAAAAAAAGUUUAAUAAGAGUGGUGGUGUUUUCCACAUUUACAAAUCUCUUUAAUGUGUGGCUUGACAGAAGGCCACUUGGUUCUUAUGUCUGAUUAUACCUCAUUCAGUUUUGAUGUGUUGUUUUAGUUGAAAUACAUGAAGAAAAUGUGGCCGCAGAUCUGUACUUGGAAGCGGAAGAGGACUUUAGUAGCCUUUUCAGGUGAUUGUGGAGAGUUUUUGGUACCGCACGGAAACUCGACAGGUGGUAGCUGGUACCCCGUGGAGUCUGAAACCAUGUCCGUGAGCUUUUUGUACUCUGAAAUGGGUCUGUUUUGUACUUGAUCAAUCUUUUACCCAUCUGUGAUUCUGUUUCGGUGGAUGUGACUGUUUCACUGAAUGAUCCAGAUGUAAGCGUUGACAGACUUCAUCGUAUAUGUUUACUGGAAACACAUUUGUUAACAUCACCACCGAAGUCUUCAGAAAACCCUAAGUUUGGGGAAGCUGUCGACUGAGAUCUUGGUGACAGGUACCGGUUUUCCACAGUUCUAGGAUUCUUGCUUGAAAGCUCAAAUUCUAUCCUUGGCAACAAGCAUCGCCAGUUGUUUUCCUUCUGGAUUCUGUUCCGUUCAUUCCGGGGCUUUCUUCCUAAAAUACAGAUCCUAUCAUGGUUCUCGGCAGCUGGACUCGAUGACUUGGCCCCAGCCCCUGGCACUUUGACAGUUUCCAGCCUUGUUUCAAGCCUCUACGUGAAAAAAAAAGGCUUUAAAACAACGCAAAUUUACUGGGUUGGCCAAAAAGUUCGUUCGGGAUGUCCCGUAACACCUUACUUUUUGGCCAACCUAAUAUUAGUCUUCAGUUCUGCAGGUCAGAAGUCCAGAAUAGGGCUCACUGGGCUCGCGUCCAGGUGUUGGGAGGGUGUGUGCCUUUCUUAGGGCUCUCGAGAGAAUCCAGUUCCUUGCCUUUGUGGGCUUCUGGGGGCUGCCCGCCCCCUCCCCCAUCCUUCAGGGACCCUGGGGAUUACAUAUCAGACCCACCCCGGGAGCGUCUCGUCCAAGGUCAGCUGAUGAGCACCUUCGUUCCUUCUGCAACCUCCCUGUCAUGUAACCUGACGUAGUCACAAGUUCCCAGAGGUAGGAUUUGGACAUUUUGGGGCUGGGUGGCAUUGUUCUGGCUGUCAUAUUCUAGCCUCUCCGUUUUUGUGUUCCGUUCCGGCUCUCUGCGUGUAAGUUGGGUAACCUCGUCCUCUGAAAAGCCCCAGAUUGCAGAGACCUGUCCUGAGGUCUUCAGGUGGAGCGACCACUUUCUCUUCUGCCAAGACAGAGACUCGCGUGUGAGACAGCUCCCCCUUUGUGCCCAGCUCCCAGGAAGGAUCUGUGUGUCCGUCUCCCCCUGGGCUGUGAACCUGGGCCUUAACUCAUCUUCGUUUCUCUCACUGCCCUGUGGUACUUGGCCCAUGACAGACAAAUGCCAGUAUGUUGUUGGUUUUGGACAUUUGAUCGUGGGCUGUGUUUUAGAGGCUACUGAAUGAAUGUUCGGUUUCUAACAAGUGACGUUACAGUUAUGUGGGUGAGUUUCAUCCUUGGGAGUUACCAAAGUACUUAGAGGUCAAGUGUCAUGUUAGCUAUUACAGCUCAGUAUCAAAUGGUUCGUGAGAAAAGUGUAUAUUUACAUAACGAUAGAGCAGAUGUGGCAAAAUGUUAAAUAUUGGCAAAUGUAGAUGAAAAGUGUGUAAAUAUGCGCAUUAACUUUCAUGUAGGUUUGGACAUUUUCAAAGUGGGAAGUGGCAAAGACUGAAACAUUAGCACAGAAUGAAUAUACAGAAGGUGUUGGUGGGGUGGAACGGUUGGCUGCAGCCGCUGGAAACCUGCUUUGCUGCCUUGAAGUGAUGCAGCUUGAGCCGUUGAUGAGCAUCUUCACGAGCCUGCAGCCCCGUCUCGUCCCUCCUGAGACGUCUUCGCUCCAGGACCCAGGGAUCCUCGGGUGACAAGGUGACAGUCCUUACGCCAUAGUCCAGGUUUGAGCCGCAGGAUGGGGUGCAAGGCGCUGGUGGGCGUCGGGCAGCAGAUGCUGCGGCGGAAGGUGGUGGACUGCAGCUGGGAGGAGAGCCGGCUGUCCCGCUGCCUCAACACGUUCGACCUGGUGGCGCUGGGGGUGGGCAGCACGCUGGGGGCCGGCGUCUACGUGCUGGCCGGGGCCGUGGCCCGGGAGAACGCGGGGCCCGCCAUCGUCAUCUCCUUCCUGGUGGCCGCUCUGGCCUCCGUGCUGGCCGGCCUCUGCUACGGCGAGUUUGGCGCUCGGGUCCCCAAGACGGGCUCGGCCUACCUCUACAGCUACGUCACCGUGGGUGAGCUCUGGGCUUUCAUCACCGGCUGGAACCUCAUCCUCUCCUACAUCAUCGGUACUUCGAGCGUAGCCAGAGCCUGGAGCGCAACGUUUGACGAGCUGAUUGGCAAACCCAUCGGGGAGUUCUCGCGGACGCACAUGGCCCUGAACGCGCCCGGGGUGCUGGCCGAAAACCCGGACAUAUUUGCCGUGAUCAUAAUUCUCAUCUUAACAGGACUGCUGACCCUGGGCGUGAAGGAAUCGGCCAUGGUCAACAAGGUCUUCACGUGUGUCAACGUUCUGGUGCUGGGCUUCAUCAUGGUGUCGGGAUUCGUGAAAGGAUCCAUUAAAAACUGGCAGCUCACGGAGGAGGAUUUCCAGAACACAUCUGGCCACCUCUGCCUGAACAAUGACACGGAGGAGGGGAAACCUGGCGUCGGGGGGUUCAUGCCCUUCGGGUUCUCCGGUGUCCUGUCGGGGGCAGCCACCUGCUUCUACGCGUUCGUGGGCUUCGACUGCAUCGCCACCACAGGGGAGGAGGUCAAGAACCCCCAGAAGGCCAUCCCCGUGGGCAUCGUCGCGUCCCUUCUCAUCUGCUUCGUCGCCUACUUCGGGGUGUCGGCCGCCCUCACGCUCAUGAUGCCCUACUUCUGCCUGGACAAGGACAGCCCCCUGCCAGACGCCUUCAAGCACGUGGGCUGGGAGGGCGCCAAGUACGCAGUGGCCAUCGGCUCCCUCUGUGCCCUUUCCACCAGCCUUUUAGGGUCCAUGUUUCCCAUGCCUCGAGUUAUCUAUGCCAUGGCUGAAGAUGGGCUGCUGUUUAAAUUUUUGGCCCAGAUCAACGAUAGGACCAAAACACCAAUAAUCGCCACGUUAACCUCAGGUGCCAUUGCCGGGGUGAUGGCCUUCCUCUUCGACCUGAAGGACCUGGUGGACCUCAUGUCCAUUGGCACCCUCCUGGCCUACUCUCUGGUGGCUGCCUGUGUGUUGGUCUUACGGUACCAGCCGGAGCAGCCUAACAUGGUAUACCAGAUGGCCAGGACUAGUGACGAGCUCGACCCAGUCUACCAGAACGAGUUGGUGAGCACCAGCGAUUCCCAGAUGGGCUUUUUACCAGAAGCAGAAAAAAUUUCUCUGAAAACCGUACUCUCACCGCAAAAUACAGAGCCUUCCAAAUUCUCUGGGCUAAUUGUGAACAUCUCAACCAGCCUCAUAGCCCUGCUGGUCAUCACCUUCUGCAUGGUGGCUGUGCUUGGCAACGGGGCCCUGGUAAAUGGGGAGCUGUGGGCAGUCUUCGUGCUCGUGGGCUCCGCCUUCCUCUGCUGCGUGGUCACAGCCAUCAUCUGGCGGCAGCCCGAGAGCAAGACCAAGCUCUCGUUCAAGGUGCCCUUCUUGCCGGUGCUGCCGGUCCUGAGCAUCUUCGUGAACGUCUAUCUCAUGAUGCAGCUGGACCGAGGCACGUGGGUCCGGUUUGCAGUGUGGAUGCUGAUAGGCUUCUUCAUCUACUUUGGCUAUGGUCUCUGGCACAGCGAGGAGGCGUCCCUGGCCGCCGACCCAGCAAGGACUCCUGACGGUCACUUGGACCAUUGCAAGUGACGCACAGCCCUGCCCCCAAGGCCCCGGCAGCACCUCGCUCCCCCUGCGCAUGCACGGGACCCGCCCGCACCCAGAGAGCACAGUGCCGCGAUGGGGCGGCCCGCGGCCUGCGUGUCCUGCUCAGGCCGGCUCGCUGGGCCCAUCACCUGGCAGCUCCCAGCUGGGGCCACGGGGCCGAGGCUGCCCACCUGCCUCUGAGCCUCUCUCUGAGCAAGACAGCAGCCCUUCUCCUCGCCGGCCGGGCGCCCCUGCUGCUGCGGCCUUGGGCAGAAUGGAGGUCACCUCCUCUCAUCACCUGAGCGGUCCGGCCUCCCUUCCAGGGACUGUGCUGGACACUCCAGUCCCCGCCUCCCCGCCCAGCCCCGAACAGCCGCCCCAGAUGCCAGCUGAGCACCGCGACACGGUCUGUGCCCAGCUGUGCCGCCCCCAGCCUGAGGACAGCGUGUACUUAGGAAGGAAAACUAGACGGUCUCCUUCUCCUGCUUCUGCUGAGCUGUCUCCGGAGGGCCCGUGAGGACUGUGACCACCCCCCCUCCUUCCAGGCAGGGGCUCCGGCCCCCCUCGCACACUGCACACUCGGGCCACGGGACCGGGCUCUGCGCGGGGCCAGGGCAGUGGCCACUCCACCCGGACCUCCUGCGGCCACCAGCCCAGGCCCCGGGCCGGUUCCUGCUGCUCUGGCGCCUCUCAGCGCCGGCCGAGUCCUGAGUAACUGGAAUGUGACACUAUUUCUGUAGGACCUGCCUCGAGUGAGCCGAGCGGAGGACAGCGCUUUCUGUGGUCCUGGCUCCGCCCUGAGUCCUCCUCUGCCGCUCGGAGGUCGGUUUCUUGGGUCUCAAGGUCUCCGAGGCCGGCGUCCGCUCAUCCUGAGUGACGGCGUGGCCCUGCAGCUGCUUCUGGCCCCUCUCGUGUCUUAUCCUCACGUGGAGUCCUCCUGUCUGCCGCUGUGAAUCGGUCACUCCACUGAACUCAGCAGGCGCUUAACAGUGGCGCGGCACACGGCCGAGCGAUCACCCCGAACUGUCCAGGGUGCGGGGUCUGCACGUGACACGGUUUGGGGUCACGUUACUGUGCCUCUCGUGUGGGUGGGUGUGGUCCAGACGCUGCGGGUUUGUGUGCGGGUCGGUGACCCUGCCCCGCACCCCUGCCUCGGUGUCUGUGUGUCCCUGUGCACACGGCGCUCCCUCCCGAGGCCCUGGGGACUCUUCUGGUAGCCGGGCCAAGUCUGCCUUCCCGAGAGAGUGUAGUUCAGUAGACGGAAGGGCCCGUGUUGGCAGGUGAGGGGCAGGCGUGUUGGACUCCACGGGAAGUGUAAACGCUGCUUUGGAAGCUUCGCUCCCCAUAUCCUCUCCCUCUGGCCUUUGUCACAAACCUGGUAGAAAGAAGCCUGAUGAACUGAUGGCACUCGGCUUUUCUCCCUCUGCCCCAAAAAGUUCUUGGAGGAAAAUGCAAGAAUGAGUGAAGCAGCCAGUUGGCAGGGUCGGCCUUCGUUCUAGGCUCUGGUGGCCGCUCUGGUCGCUCAUGGAAGCUUUAUUCUCAGUGUCACUUGUGAAUCUUCCAGCGGGAGGACUGUAAGAGCCCAAAGCUUGGAUUUCCAAAGAAAGGUAUUUAAUUUAUGUAGCUUGGUGCUUUGCUUGGUACAACAUUGUGAUAAAUAGUAACGUAUUUUGUGGGGUUUGGUGUCUGCCGUCCUCUGGGGCCUCUUGGCCGUUGGUUUGCGUGAUGUGUCUGCUGUUUUUCCACAGAGGCAGAGAGCGCGAGGGAGAGAGGGUGUCCCAGAAAGGUGGCAGGUUGAGGUGUUCUUUCCCUUUUUCGUUCUGGCUGGCGUUUCCCCGUGCGGCGCCCCCCAGCAGACUGCACGACUGACGUUUCCGCCAGCAGCGCUCGCGGCUCUCCAGCCAAGGUGUGUCUCAGCAUCUCACGGGGCGAGCGCGUCCUGACACGUGGUCCCCUUCCUCACCCAGAGCCGCGAGGCGCCGCGCAGAAGGGCAGUGGCUGCCUUGAGAAGGCCCCCGCGCUCCCCCGGAAAGAGCACCUGGGGUCCCGGGACGGGGCCUGUUGAGAGCGGGUCUUCAUGCCGUUGCCGAGGGUUUUCUCUUCUGUGCGUGGGGCGGCGCCUCCGAAGUCAGUGGGCCUUCUGAUCACACCCCUCCUUCCUGGCCCUGAGCUGGACACGCGCACAAACACGUACACACAGAGGACCUGCCAAACAGACACACGGACACAGACACACGGCCAAAAGUAACUGCCGGAGGUUCCCGACGGUUUCACAUCCCAGCCCCUCCCGCACUCGGUUCCACGGCUUGGCUACGUUUUCCUGCAGAGUCAGAAGUUCCACAUUUCCAGUGACGCGCCCUUCGGGGAUACCGCGUCUCCUUUUAUCUGUGCACCAGCCCCAAACGGUCACAUUGGAAAGACCCGCUUGUGAUGGGGAAGCGCCCCUUCCUGCCGCCCGCGGCCCCCUCCCUGCGUGUCCACGGCCUUGUGAAAACCCACGCGGGGUCCCCGGGACCUGUGCCAAAGAGUGAGGGGUGCGGGGUCUCCGGAGAGGCAGUGGGCCCCGAGCCACCCCCCGCCCUGGGGUGGGGGAUGGGGGCCUCGGGCAGGAGCUCGAGCCUCCGCACGGCUCCCGGCUCACCUGCUCGCAUCUCCUCUGCCCGACUUUGGGCCGGCUUUGCUUUUACAAACCCAGAGGGCCGCGGGAUGGAGCACCUUUCCAGGCCGACUUGCAGAAGCUGCAGAGUUUACACUGUCGUCAGGGUCACUUGUGUCUCCCCCACGCUAGGUUUUGUUCCGUUGAGUCCGUGUCCAUCAGGUGGUCGGCUUCCUGGUUCCGUGUAGUUUGGACACCACGGGCCUUGCCCUGCCGUGUCCACUGGCGACUGCAGCAGCACUGCGGAGGCUUCUGUGCCCACCCGGAGCCCCCGGGCCCGCGGCACUCCCUUCUCCACCUCUGACACAUCUGUUCACACCUGAGAGGGGGGCGGGCCCAGCAGGAGCCUCACGACGUGUUUGCUGUGCUUUGUGCAUGGCGUCAGGGGGGCGGGGGGCGGGGGGGGGGGGAACGGGGCUGUACCUGGCCUCCUCUCCUCCAUCUCGUCCUCCUCUCCUCCACCUCGUCCUCCAGGCAGGCAGGGUGAGUUGACAGGUCUUGCCGUCCCGCCUAGGAUGGCGUCUAGCCUGACGUUGUAGGCAGAGCUGUCAGCAUCGGGUGUGUGGACACGUCUCCUAACGGCCCCACCCAGACUGUCGGCGAGCCCACGGGCGUUUGACGGGGCCUCGUUGCUGGAGAAAAGCUGCCUGGCUUCAUGCUGGGACCUGUCUUUCCUGACCUGGAUGCCCCGCUUUGACACAUUAAGAGCCGCUUGUUCUGUUGGCACCCGAGAACCAGCCCCGUGGAGACAGGAGGGAGGGGACUUGGUGCCGGGCCCGGUGGCCCGAGUGUUGUAGGAUGGAUGGAGAGGCAUGGCCGGCAUGGCCGCACUCUGGGCGCAGGUGUGUGACGCUUGUGUGAGUUAACUUCAGACGGAACUGAAUAUAUGUUGUGCAUAAUUGUUAGGUGUAAUUUAAAAUGCAUCUGUUUGCCUUGGUAAUGAGAGUAUUGUAUGUAAGGCUCCUUAGGGAGAGCAAGAUGUACAUUUUGUCAGACUCUUGCGGACUUUUUUGGGUAAUGAAAUGCUUUAUUGGUCCAGUGGCGCACGAAGCUACAUACAUUCUGUAUCUCGUCAUCGUAGUUACAAUACCUAAUGGGGGCUGCCAGGGAAAAAAGUCAACUGACCUUCCCGUUCAUCACUAUGGCCCAGUCUUUCUGUGCCCGCUGCUUCGCUGGGUGGCAGUGCUCUUCCAAGAGGGGCGUGGACUGGCCAAGGGUUUGGGGGCGCAGUUCUCCGGAGCCCCCCCCGGCCCACCUUGUAAAUGUGUUGAACUGCUGAAAACCCCCGUGAGAUGGAAGACCUUGGCUUGAAGUCCAAAUGGGAUUUCUCCAGAGUCGGGGAGGAGGGCUGGGGAGAUGCAUUCAGACUUUGUUAAAUUAUUAACAAGGUGUAUGAUUUUGUGUUUCUUGAUGACAAACUUUUUAAGUUUGGGACUUAUUUUCCCAUUGGAGAAGUUAUAUAUUUAAGAUAAGUUUCCUGCUUACGUUGUGCCUUUCAGCAUUGAUGGGUCUAAGGAGCACAAAGGGUGAUGGUCUUCUUGAGGGUUGGUUUAUAAUCAAACCUGAAGAGCUGUGGUUUCUUCAGUACUCUUUCUUCUACUGAACGUGGAGCCAUUAUUAAGAGAAUUGUGUGUUUUUUAUUAUGUAAAUUGUAUAAUAUUUUUGCUUGUUUGAUGUUCUAUUUUUCUAAUAGUUUUCUUAUAGUUUCUUAUAAUUGUGAUACUAGAUUUAGAUUCUGACGCUAACUGCAAAUCAGAUUGGCCUCUGCUGGUUCCCCCCCCCCCCCGUUUUUAUUUUAAGGACAAGAGUAGAUGUUGUCCAUCGCCUUUAAAAAAUGUGAACCUCUGCUCUGUAUCCCAGUUUUGCUGACAACACUGUGCAUUGAUACCGUACUUCAUGUUGUAAAGUCAGGCUAUUUUGUGGUACAUCCUCUCAUGCUUCCGCAAAUCCUAAUAAAUUCCGUCUAUGGCCUGGG